AUGAGCGCUUUGGAAAGGAUCGUGUUGGCCGUUCUGGCCCUAGUAGUGGUGGCGCAGGCCGCGCCCGCCGCUUCCCCAUUCCAACCCGGACUGAAAUUGGGUGACAAAUACGAUUUUACACGGUAAGAGGGGGUGGAUUUUUGAAAAUUUUAUAUUUAAAAAAAAAAUUUUUUUAUUUUGGGGGUGAAAUAUGUGAAUAAUUUUUUAAUGGGGAGGGGGGUGGAUUUAAAAAAAAUUUUAUUUGGGGUGGAUUUUUAGAAAUUUUUGAAAAUUUAAAAUUUUUAAAAUUUUUUGUUACCCCCCAAAGUACGUUUUCUAAAAUAUUCUGGACCAAUGUCAUGUGUCAUAUCAUGUUUCUGCAAUAUUAAUUUAUUCUGGUUUCGUGUUCAUAUUCGACCGGGCGAUUAAUUAAUUUUUUUUUUGUAAAAGUUGUAAUUAAUGAGGUUCGGUUUUGACAUCAUAUUAUAAUAUAGUGAUAUUGUGUUAGUAUAUGACAUAGUAUUGGUACUAUAUUGGUAUCAAAGGGCAAUGACUUUCUUUACAAAACAUAAAAUGGCAAGAACUUUCUUUACAAAACAAAAAAUGAUUUUUAUCGUAUAUAUUGUCACCCGCAGCCUGCAAACCUAUAAAAUAGCUUCUUUUGACACAAAUGGCAAAAACUUUCUUUCCAAAACAAAAAUUGGUAAGAACUUUCUUUACAACUCAAAAAAUGGCAAGAACUUUCUUUACAAAACAAAAACUGGCAAGAACUUUCUUCCAAAAGCAAUAUAUGGCAAAAACUUCCUUUACAAAACAAAAAAUGGCAAGAAAUUUCUUUACAAACCCGUUACUUCACUUCAAAUUUCAAAAUACCACAUUUUUCCGAAAUUAUGCCAAAACUUAAGAGUUCAGAACUCAAAUAUCGCCCAAAAUACGCUUCCUCAUUAAACCCAGUAGUAAUAUGCCCUUAUACACAGUAUUAACCUCUUCCAGUAAAAAUACUGCGUAUGGCUUCAUAAACAGUGGUGAUAUGUUUACCGAGUAAUUUUUAACUUUACAACAAACACUCGGUUCCUGGUAUUACACAAAGCCAAUUAGGGAAUCCUGGACUGUGUCUAAUUUAUGCUUAGCUUCUGCGGAUUCUGAUUUCAUCUGGUUAGCGUAAUAGUAAUUUUUGAAGGCUUGAGCUGGGAUGUUAGCGCUUUUAAGAAAGAGGGGGGGUAGACAUGGGUAACGGCAGGGCCGUGUCUGAAAAGUGGGCCCGGUUCGGCCUUUUUUCUAUAAAUUUUACUGUCUUUACCUACUCUAAUACAAUUUUUUUUGACUUUUUGAAAGUGGUACACUUGGUACACCUGAAUGGUACUAUUGGUAAAAAAUUUAAAAUUUUUUAAAUUAAGCUGUUUUACGCCCAAAAGACCAAAAAAAAGACAUUUUUCCAAAGUGGUACUACUGGUACCCCAAAUGGUACUACUGGUACCAAAAUAAAAAAAUUUUUAAAAUCAAGUAAUUUUUUGUUUAAAAACAUAAAAAAAGACGUUUUUUUUCAAAGUGGUACUAUUGGUACUCUUUCAUAGUACCACUGGUACCAUUUUUCUAAAAAGUCAUUUUUGCCCAAUCUGAUGUCGGUAAUGUUGUUUUCUCAGUAAUUCAAGUGCAAAAUCAGUUAAGUCUCAAUACUAUUUGAAAAACUGUUGGGUUCAUACCCUUCUGCCCUACCCUAUGGCCUACCCUUCCCCCUAUGGCCUAUCCUUCUUCCUAUGGCCUGCCCUUCUCCUUAUGGCCUACCCUUCCCCUUAUGGCCUAUCCUUCUUCCUAUGGCCUGCCCUUCUCCUUAUGGCCUACCCUUCCCCCUAUGGCCUAUCCUUCUUCCUAUGGCCUGCCCUUCUCCUUAUGGCCUACCCUUCCCCCUAUGGCCUAUCCUUCUUCCUAUGGCCUGCCCUUCUCCUUAUGGCCUACCCUUCUGCCUAUGGCCUGCCCUUCUGCCCUUUGGCCUACCCUUCUCACUAUGGCCUGCCAUUCUGCCCUAUGGCCUACUCUUCUGCCUAUGGCCUAUCCUUCUCACUAUGGCCUGCUCUUCUGUCCUAAGCCCUUUUCUUCUCCCUAUGGUCUAUCCUUCUGCCUAUGGCCUACUCUUCUGCCUAUGGCUAUUUGGCUUCGAGAUUAGAUAAGCCCAAAUUGACCUUGAAACAAAUCACUCAAGCGGCUAAAUUAGGCGCGCAAAAUAAAAAUAAGCAAAACAAGUUGAGCAGAUUUAAUGAAAAUAAACAGAGGAAGAAUUUACUUUACAAUUUUUAAACAUUCUUUAGAAGAAACUUUGUUUACAGACGCUAAAAAGGGCUUUAAAAGCCGGAAUUUGGGCAAAAAUUGAUAAAAAUGAACAAUUUUUGAAAAAUUUAAAAAAAAAGAAAAAAAAUGACACUUCUUAUCUCAUAACUUCUGUCAGUUUAAAAUUAAAAAUAAUUUUUUAUUGUCUACGAAUUCAGAAGGCUUUUCUCAACAUUUUGAGCUAAAUUUGACUUCUUUUGGACCCGUCUACCCCUCCCCACGCUUCGUUUUCCCACCACCUCCAAAGCUCAUUUUAUAUUAUUCAUGUCUCAAAAGAGCAAAAAUUAACCCGAAAAAGUUGAAAAAUGGGUCAAUUUGUUGUUGUGUGAGUUCAAAAAAUUUAAAAUUAAAAAAAAAAUUUUUUGAAAAUUAAAAAAUUUUUUUUUUGGAAUUUUGAAAUUUAGGAGUAGGGCUCUGGCCUCAGGCUAAAAAUUGUAAAAAUGCCCUAAAACAAACCUAUAAUCCCAAAAAACACCCAACAAACCAAUGACAAAACCUAUAUUACCCAUUUCCAAUUCCAGAUACUACUUUAACCAACAAAAGAAGGACCAAGUGGAGCCAUUCAACGCAGCCAACUGGGCUUUGCCUCGGCAGCUGGCGCCAAAAUUCAAGCGAUUCGAUGCCUAUCUGCCAAAUGACAAGCGACUAGAUGGUGAGUCGAUCGACCAGUUCUACAUGCAACUGGGCCGUCUUCGACCGGGCAGACUGGAAUGGAACUUCAACCGGCUUUAA